AUGUCAUUUUCUUCAUCCACAAAUUCCAUUGUGUCCUCCUCACCUCUCCAUUCAACAUUCAAACUUCCUGAACGUGCAUAUGGCCAACUUAGUGAUCUACCCCCAAUUAAAUGGGAUCUCGCAGACAAUCGUGACUCAGGAUCCAGGACUUGCCUUGAAUUAGUGCAAGAAAACCAAGAAAUGCAGCACAAGUUUCGGAAGGCCCAAGUGUUGGUGGAGAGAGCCAUUGAUGCAGUGGAUGCGGCAAAUGCCCAGUUGGCAUUAGGGGGAAUGUAUGUGUCUAAAGCUCAGACACAGCUCUUAGUGCAGGAAGAAGCAGAGAAGUUGAAGGAGGAUGGUGGAUGCAUUAAAGGGACAUUUGGCCAAGUUGUGACGCAUGAUGGUUUCUUGAGGGACCAAGCAGAGCACGCUCAGAGAAAAUUAAAUGAGCAAGAGUUGGAACAAUGGAAGGAAGAGGCUAAGGAGCGGUGGAAAGUGUUCAACAACUCACAGAAGGCAGAAAUAACAAGCUGGCAUGAAGAAAAAGCGCACUUGGCCAUGCUCAAACAAAAAGCACCACCAAAGCCACUGGAGGUCCGAAUGAGGGAGUGGAUGGCCGAAAAUUAUCCACAGCUUCAACAAAACAAGCCCUUCACAUCACUGGAGGAUGCAGGACAAUCAGUGGAAGUGGGCAACAUCUGUCCAGCAUUGUCACGACCCAGCAAUUCCCAUGGUCAGCCUGUCACGGGCCUAUGA